AUGUCCAAGAAAACCGUUCCAUACAAAAUUGUAAAAUCUUCUAAUGGUGAUGCUUGUAUUGAGAUUCAAUCAAAGCUUUAUUCUCCUUCACAAAUUGUUUCCUUUAUUUUACUAAAAUUGAAGCAGACAGCCGAAAAUUAUUUAAAUAAAAAAGUUAGGGAAGCAAUAAUUACAAUUCCUGGCUAUUUUAAUGAUUCACAAAAACAAGCAUUAGAGGAAGCUGGUAAACUUGCGGGAAUGAAAAUUUUACGGUUUGUUGAUGAUUCUGCUACUGCAGCUGCAAUUGAUUGUGAUUUUGGACGAGGAUCACGCGAAAUUGCUGUUUGUAACUUAAAUGGAGGCAUUUUUGAAUUUUCCAUUUUGAGGGUUCAGGAUGAGGCUUAUGAAAUUUUGUCAACUAAUCACAAUCCUUUACUAAUUGGCGAUGCUUUCAAUAAUACUAUUGUAAAUUAUUUUGUUUCUGAAUUUGAACGAGAGAAUGGAAUUGAUUUGAGCAAGGACCCUAUUGCAAUUCAACGCUUACGUAAAGCUUCUGAAAAGGCAAAAUGUCGACUUUCAAGUUGUACACAAACUGAAAUUAUUCUUCCAAAUAUUUUUGUUGAUACUAAUGGACCUCCUAAACAUUUUCGAAUAAAAUUGACUCGUUCAAAAUUUGAGGAGUUGACUGAAAAUUUGAUACAAAAAAUUGUGCAACUUGCUCAAAGAACAUUAAAUGAUGCUAAAAUGGCAAAUCAAGCAGAUGAUAAGGAUUUACAAUUAAACGAGGAGGAGGAUUUACAAUCUACUGGAGUUACCUCAGUUUUGAUCAUUGGAGGGAUGUCUAAAGUGCCAAAGGUUUUUUUUUAAUUUUUCAAAUUUAUUUUUCAUUAUUUCUCUCCCACUCGCCCCAUUUUUUUUCUUUUCCAUUUUCUUCAAAAAAAUUUUUUGAGGGUCACUCGCCUCUCUGUUUUCCUUUUUUUCUCCAAAAAAGGAGGGUGGAUAAUGGAAAGUAUAUUUUGUUUUGUUUUUU